GAUGCAAGAUGUGUCGCUCUAUUAUGCACAGACACCUCUGUUUCUAAUGUGAACUGUCUUUCAACUGGAAUGUAUAUAAGCGAAGGCAGGUUAUGGUUACAGACCUGUGCGGUUGGCGUAAGAGCAUGUAUUCUCUAAACGGACAAGCAUGUUUUCUUGUCUGAAAAGUAUUACCUUUACAGAAUGUAACAAUCUGUGAGUAUAUGAUACUGCUUUUAUGUGCAGCCGUGCUAAAAGGACUUUUGUUAAGCGGUAUCGAGUUAGUAUCGUGUCCGCUGGACGCUGAUGUGACGGCUCUAUGACCCAGCGGAUUGGACUCCCCCGGUCUUCUGCGAGAGCUCAGCAAAGCACGGAGCAGCAGGGAAGGAAGUCAUUAGUGUACUGAAGUCCAGUUCGUAGCUGUUGCCGGAUACCCUUCUAACUCUUCGAGCACAAAUUCCAAGCAUUUUUGUUUGUCUUUUUUUCCCUCGCCUUUUUCCUUUUUCCCCUCUCUCCGCGCGGCUCCGUUUUUUUCCACUCUCGCUAUUUCAGCUUGUCUUGCUGCUACUUGGGAUCUCGUGGAAUUACGCAUCCUCUCUGGAAUCCAGAUUUUACAAGGACUCUGAUUCUCGGGAUAUUUUCGCUCAUACACGCUGAAGUACACCAACUGCUUCAUAACAGUCGAACUUGGCACAGAACACAGCCAGGGAUUCUUUGCACUUUUAAGUCGAUCAGUCCAGACAUAUGUAAAUCAUAUUACUAGCGACGCUUUUCCACAAACGGGCUGAACAUUUAAAACAACGGAAAGUUUCCCCUCGGUCCGACCUCACUGUACAAUCAGGGGGAAACUGCUGUCCGUCCGCCGUGACUUCGGAGCCGCACGUCCCACAGAAUAUACUCUCAAUCUUGCCUCCAACAGUUUCGCCCCUGCGUAAGAUCAUACUGCCACUGACGGUGCGCCCGGGACAAGACCAGAAAACUUGUCUCCGUCUUGCCCUGAUUUGUAUAACCUACCGGAUUAUAAGGGGCCGCUGCCUUGGACAGAUAUUGCCGUGCAGGGCGCACCGUAAAGGUCCUGGAGGGGGAAUGCUGCAACUGAGAAAAGGCAGGAGACACCAUGACUUGGCCACUCAACUCUCAUGAAUUACACUCCUCUGCUCUUGUGAUGUUUUGAUGCGGUACAUUUUUGGUUACAAAUAUGAUGAAAUGGCAGCCCCGGAAGAAGGCAUACUUCCGACAGGGUGUUGCCCUCCAGUACCUGGGCCGGCACGCGGACGCCCUGGCUGCCUUUGCCUCGGGUCUGGCCCAGGAUCCCAAGAGUCUGCAGUUGCUAGUGGGCAUGGUGGAGGCUGCCAUGAAGUCACCGCUCCGAGAGUCUUUGGAGCCCACCUAUCAGCAGCUGCAGAAGAUGAAACUGGACAAGAGUCCUUUUGUGGUGGUGUCUGUGAUUGGCCAGGAGCUGCUGACUGCCUCCCACCAUGGCGCAUCAGUGGUGGUCCUGGAGGCUGCGCUCAAGAUCGGCACCUGCAGCCUCAAACUGCGAGGCUCUGUCUUCUCUGCCCUCAGCAGCGCCUACUGGUCACUGGGCAACACAGAGAAGAGCACCACCUACAUGCAGCAAGACCUGGAGGUCGCCAAAACGUUAGGUGACCAGACGGGCGAGUGCCGGGCCCAUGGCAACCUGGGCUCCGCCUUCUUUUCCAAGGGCAAUUACCGUGAGGCCCUGACUAACCACCGGCAUCAGCUAGUCCUGGCCAUGAAGCUAAAAGACAGAGAGGCGGCGUCGUCGGCCCUCAGCAGCCUGGGUCACGUCUACACGGCCAUCGGCGACUACCCCAACGCGCUGGCCAGCCACAAGCAGUGCGUACUGCUGGCCAAGCAAGGCAAGGACCAGUUGGCUGAGGCGCGCGAGCUGGGCAACAUGGGCGCCGUCUACAUCGCCAUGGGCGACUUCGACAACGCCGUGCAGUGCCACGAGCAGCAUCUGAGCAUCGCCAAGGCGAUGGGCGAGAGGCGCGAGGAGGCGCGUGCCUACAGCAACCUGGGCAGUGCCUACCACUACCGCCGCAACUUCGACAAGGCAAUGUCCUUCCACACGCACGUGCUGGAGCUGGCACAGGAGCUGGAGGAGCGCGCCAUCGCCAUGCGGGCCUACGCCGGCCUGGGCCACGCCGCCCGCUGCAUGCAGGACCUGGAGCGCGCCAAGCAGUACCAUGAACAGCAGCUCGCCGUCGCCGAGGGACUCAAGGACCGCGCUGCGGAGGGGCGCGCCUCCUCCAACCUGGGAAUAAUCCACCAGAUGAAGGGGGAUUAUGAGACAGCUCUCAGACUGCACAAAGCUCACCUGUCCAUAGCACAGGAGCUGAAUGACUAUGCCGCCCAGGGCAGGGCCUACGGCAACAUGGGAAAUGCGUACAACGCCCUGGGUGCCUUCGAUCAGGCCGUGCGCUACCACCGGCAGGAGCUGCAGAUCUCCAUGGAGGUCAACGAUCGCGCCUCACAGGCAUCCACCCACGGUAACCUGGCUGUGGCCUACCAGGCCCUGGGGGCACACGACCGCGCCCUGCAGCACUACCAGAACCACCUGAACAUCGCCCGCGAACUCCGUGACAUCCAGAGUGAGGCCCGCGCUCUGGGGAACCUGGGGAACUUCCACUGCUCGCGAGGGGAGUUCCCCCAGGCCGUGCCCUACUACGAGCAGUACCUCCAGCUCUCGCCGGACCUACAGGACAUGGAAAGCGAAGGAAAGAUCUGCCACAACCUGGGCUACGCGCAUUAUUGCCUGGGCAACUUUCAGGAGGCUGUCAAGUACUACGAGCAGGACCUGGCUCUGGCAAAAGACCUGCACGACAAGCUGAGUCAGGCCAAAGCCUACUGCAACCUGGGCCUGGCCUUUAAAGCCCUGGGGGACUACAGUAAGGCAGAAGAGUGCCAAAAGUACCUUCUGUCAUUGGCCCAGUCGCUGAACAACUCUCAGGCCAGGUUCCGUGCCCUGGGAAACUUGGGUGACAUCUUCUUGUGCAAGAAGGACGUGCCUGGAGCUGUGAAGUUUUACGAGCAACAGCUGGCCCUGGCACAUCAGGUCAAAGAGCGCAAGAUGGAGGCCAACGCUUACGCCGCGUUGGGUGCCGCCUACCGGAUGCUGCAGAAAUACGACAAGGCCCUCGGGUACCACACGCAAGAGCUUGAGGUGUACCAGGAACUGGGUGAUGUCCAGGGCGAGUGCCAGGCACAUGGCCACCUGGCAGCUGUCUAUAUGUCUCUGGGGAAGUACAGCAUGGCCUUCAAGUGCUACGAGGAGCAGCUGGAGCUCAGCCAACGGCUGAAGGACCCCAGUGUGGAGGCACAAGUCUACGGCAACAUGGGAAUCACCAAGAUCAACAUGGGCGUGAUGGAGGAGGCCAUUGGUUACUUCGAGCAGCAGCUGGCCAUGUUGCAGCAGCUCAGCGGCAAUGAGGCUGUGCUGGACCGCGGCCGUGCCUAUGGUAACCUGGGCGACUGCUACGAUUCGCUCAGCGACUACGAGGAGGCCAUCAAGUACUACGACCAGUACCUGUCUGUGGCGCAGAGCCUCAACCACAUGCUGGACCAGGAGAAAGCUUACAGGGGGUUGGCAAAUGGACACAGAGCCAUGGGUAACCUGCAGCAGUCGCUGGUGUGCUUCGAGAAACGCCUGGUGGUGGCCCACGAGCUCGGCAACUGUGGUGGGAAGGCGCAGGCCUACGGUGAGCUGGGUGGCCUGCACAGCCAGCUGGGCAACUACGAGCAGGCCAUCUCCUGUCUGGAGCGGCAGCUGGGCAUCGCACGCGACACCGUGGACCGCGCGCUGGAGGGCGAGGCCAGUUGCGGCCUGGGCUCCGUCUACCAGCUCAUGGGCGAGUACGACACGGCAUUGCAGUUCCACCAGCGGGACCUGCAGAUCGCCGAGGACACGGGGUGCGCCGGGCACCAGGGACGCGCCUACGGCAACCUGGGCCUCACCUACGAGUCGCUGGGCAACUUUGAGCGCGCCGUCGUGUACCAGGAGCAGCACCUGAGCAUCGCCGCAGAGACCAAUGACCUGGUGGCCAAGACGCAAGCGUAUGGCAGCCUGGGCCGCACCCACCACGCCCUGCAGAACUACCCGCAGGCCGUCAUGUACCUGCAGGAAGGUCUGCGUCUGGCGGAGCAGCUGGGACGUCGUGAGGACGAGGCCAAAAUCCGACACCGUCUGGGUCUCUCACUGUGGGCCAGUGGCAACCUGGAGGAAGCUCAGCACCAGUUGUAUCGUGCCUCUGUUCUGUUCGAGACCAUUCGACACGAGGCUCAGCACAGCACCGACUACAAGCUGUCCCUCUUCGAUCUCCAGACCUCCUCAUACCAGGCUCUCCAGAGGGUCCUCGUCAGCCUCGGCCACCACGAUGAGGCACUGGCAGUGGCCGAGAGGGGACGCACCCGGGCCUUCGCCGACCUGCUGGUGGAGCGGCAGACAGGCACGCAGGACUCGGACCCCUACACACCCGUCACCGUGGAGCACAUCCUGGACACGGUCAACGGGCAGCGUGCCCUGGUUCUCUACUUCUCGCUGGCAGCCGGAUACCUGUACAGCUGGCUGCUGGCACCAGGCUCAGGCAUCCUGAAGUUCCACGAGGUGUACCUGGGUGAGGGGGCAUUGGAGAGCAGCGCGGCCGACUUCCAGGAGGCCGGCGGUGGGUCAGGAACGGCCAGCGGUGGGUGCGGGGCUGGCUCCUCCCUGGAGCAGCACAUUGCCAGCGCCCGCGAAGCCCUGGGCGUGGACGCCUACUACAGCAGAGUGUGCUCCAAUAGUGAGACAGAGAGCGAAGCCGGCGACCUCCUGGACCAGCAGUUUGAGGAGUUCCACAACCAGCUAAACUCCACCACCGACCCCACGGGCUUCCUGAGGAUGGUGUCCAGGAACAACCUCUUCAACAGGAGCUGUCAGAGCAUGACGAGUCUGUUCAGCAACACGGUGUCUCCAGUGAAAGAGGGCAGCUCCUCGCUAUGCCGCCGGUCCAGUACCCUCAGCAAACCGCCCCUGCGUGCCCUCUACGACCUGCUCAUAGCGCCCAUGGAGGGGGGCCUGAUGCACUCCAGCGGGCCCGUGGGCCGGCACAGGCAGCUGGUCCUGGUUCUGGAGGGCGAGCUGUACCUGAUCCCCUUCGCCCUGCUCAAGGGCAGCUCCUCCAAUGAGUACCUGUACGAGCGCUUCAGCCUCAUAGCCGUGCCGUCGCUAGGCAACCUGGCCGCGCCCGCCAAGGUGCACCAGCGGCGUGGGGGCAUGGCCCCGUGCAGCGGAGGCGGCUCCAUGGCAGCAGUGGUGGGCAACCCCCGCCUCCCCGCCUCCGUCAUGGACCGCUGGCUGUGGGGCCCCAUGCCCUCGGCCGAGGACGAGGCCCACAUGGUGGCCGAGCUGCUGGGCUGCCAGCCGCUGGCCGGCCCCGCCGCCACCAAGGAGCGGGUGAUGGGCGCCCUCGCACAGGCCGAGUGCGCCCACUUCGCCACGCACAUCUCCUGGAAGCUGGCCGCCCUGGUGCUCACCCCCAGCCAGGAUGCAGGCCCCGCGCCGGGGCUGCCGGCGCCGGCACCGCCCUGCGGGGCUCCCGGGGCCGGCGAGGGUGGAGCCAGAUCCAGCUACACCAUCCCGGAGAGCCUGCGCGUGCCGGACGACGCCAGCGACGCCGAGAGCGUGUGCGACAGCCCGCCCCUGCAGGAGUUCCUGCUGACGGCCGCCGACAUCCUGGACCUACGCCUGCCCGUGAAGCUGGUGGUGCUCGGGUCUUACCAGGAGUCCGACAGCAAGGUGACGGCCGAUGGGGUGGUGGGUCUCACCAGGGCCUUCCUGGCAGCAGGCGCCCAGUGUGUGCUGGUGUCUCUCUGGCCUGUGCCCACCGCUGCCUCCAAGAUGUUCGUGCACGCCUUCUACACGGCCCUGCUCAACGGGACCAAGGCCAGCAGCGCCCUGGCCGACGCCAUGAAGACACUUCAGAGCAGCAAGCAGUUCUCUCACCCCUCCCACUGGGCGGGCUUCAUGCUGAUUGGCUGUGACGUGAAGCUGAACAGCCCCUCGUCCCUGAUUGGCCAGGCCCUGGCCGAGAUCCUGCAGUACCCGGACAAAGCCAGGGACGCUCUGAGGGUGUUGCUGCACCUGGUGGAGAAGUCCCUGCAGCGCAUCCAGAAUGGCCAGCGCAACUCCAUGUACACAUCCCAGCAAAGCGUGGAGAACAAGGUUGGGGGCGUACCAGGCUGGCAGGCCCUGCUGACGGCCGUGGGCUUCAGGCUGGACUCGGCCGGCGCCGGCCUCCCUGCUGCAGUCUUCUUCCCCACGACCGACCCUGGCGACCGGCUCCAGCACUGUAGCACCACCCUCCAGUCCCUGCUAGGUCUGCCUCCUCCUGCUCUUCAGGCUCUGUGUAAACUGAUCACAGCAUCCGAGACUGGAGAACAGCUCAUCAGCAGGGCUGUUAAGAAUGUAGUGGGAAUGCUUCACCAGGUGCUGGUACAGCUCCAGUCGGGAGAGAAGGAGCAGGACUUCUCCCUGGCGCCCAUCCAAGUGUCCAUCAGCGUGCAGCUCUGGAGACUGCCAGGAUGCCACGAGUUCCUGGCUGCUCUGGGGUUUGACCUGUGUGAAGUUGGUCAGGAGGAGGUGGUGUUGAAAACUGGCAAACAGGCAAACCGACGCACUAUGCACUUCGCCCUGCAGUCUCUGCUGGCCCUGUUUGAAUCCACAGAGCUGCCCAAGCGACUGAGUCUGGACAGCUCCUCAUCCCUGGAGUCUCUGGCGUCUGCUCAGUCCCAGCAGUUACCCCUUGGCUACCCCAACCCCCCAUUCUCCCCUCCCUGUCCCGACAGCCUGGCCUCCGACGCCAUCUCCGUCUACAGCCUGAGCUCCAUCGCCUCGUCCAUGAGUUUCCUGUCGCGGCCCGAGGGCGCCUCGGACGUCAUCGGGCAACGCGCGCGGCAGCAGGAGAUGGAGCGGCACCGCGGAGGGGCGGGGCUCUUCGCCUCGCACCGGCAUGCAGCCGUGCCGCGCGGCCGCUCCUCUCCGCACGGCGCCGCCGGCGGGCACGACGAUGAGGAGUACGAGGGCUUCAGUAUCAUCAGCAGCGAGCCGCUGGGCAGCCAGUGCGACACCCUCCCCCGCCCAGCGGGGGGCAGGAAUCACAGAGGAACGGUGCGCGCAGGCGCAGGGAGGGGCUACGUAGCGUCGGUGUCCACCAGGGGCAGCGUCAGCACGCCCACAUCGCCCGUGAAGGCCAGCCUGGUGCCCAGUCCCAACUCGCCCUUCCAGAAGAUGGGCAAAGUGAGCAGCUCGGACACGGGCGAGUCGGACCAGUCCAGCACGGAGACAGACAGCACUGUGAAAUCGCAGGAGGAGCGUCCGGCUGGCACGCCGCUGGACCCACAGGAGCUGGCGCAGAAGAUCCUGGAGGAGACGCAUAGCCACAUGCGGGCGGUGGAGACCCUGCAGAGGAGCGCCGGGCACGCCGCCGGCAGCGAGGGCGUCAGGGCCGGCGACGCCCCGACUCCGACCGGAGGCUCUGCCUUCCGCUCGUCGGAGACUAGCGCUUUCAGCCGGCCCAGCAGCAGAGCCAGCGUCAAAGCCCAGUCCUCGCCGCUCCCUGCGCGGCCCAAACCACCCUCCCGCACCUCCUCCCUCCAGAAGAUCAGCUCAGGAUACAACAGCCCUGCCACCUCGGAAACGUCACUGAAGGACGGUAGCCAGCCAUCGCCCACCUCUGACAGCCACGCCCAGUUCAAGCUGAAAUACCCCAGCUCACCUUACAGUGGGCACAUCUCACGCUCGCCCAGCAAUGUCUCACCCAGUUCGGGCCACCAGUCGCCCGCGGGCAGUGCUCCCUCCCCCGUCCUUUCCUACUCCUCCACGGGCUCCACCCGCUCCAGCCCGGCCGACGCCCCGGACCUCGACCGGCUCAGACUGGCCGCGAUCGAUGAGAAAGUACAAGCCAUCCACAAUCUCAAAACCUUCUGGGCCAACGCGGCUCAGCAGCAGCACUCGGGCCCGGUACGGGCCCUCCGUACGGGCGGGUCCAAAAUAAGUCCCGCCCAAAGGGACGUCCUAGGCCUUCUUAACCUCUCCCCCCGCCAUGGCUCGGGUCAGAACCUGCCGGGCCAUGAACUGCAAGAAAUGGGGCUUCAGUCCUUGGAGCGAAGCUCUAAAAACCCACCCAACGGCCAUCGCAAGAUUGACCCGAAAACAGUGGCCCCCUCUCCCACUGCGUCCACUGGGAGCAGCCCUGGUUCCCACCCCAUCAGACUGCCCUCGGGGAACGGGUAUAAAUUUCUGUCUCCCGGGAGGUUCUUUCCCUCAUCUAAAUGCUGAAAGGUCCCACCUCUGGCGGCGCUAUAUAGACAGUCGGGAGGACAGGCUAGGUUAUGGCCCAGACACCAGCACCUCACAUCAGACAGACUGACCCUUAUGCUUCGCCCUACACUGUAAACAACCAUCGAUAUAUGCAGACUGCCCUGAGAACUGACGCGCGUCAGGAAAAAAGAUUAUACCAAAAUGGUAUCCCUACAAAAGACGCUCGCUGUUUGUGUUAGUGAAGACCACAUGGCUUUGACUAGUUUGUUUCAUUUGACUUUGGUUUCCAUUUUUAAUAUAAUUAUUGUUAUAAUUAUGGACUGUAAUUGUUAUAACAGUUAUUUGUUUUGUAAAUUAAAUCAAGUGUUUUGCAAUCAGUAUUAUACAUUUUUAUAUUAUUAAAGAGGCAAACCAUGCACAAAAACAGUUGAAAAACAUUUUCAUAUUUUUAUUGAAAUGGUGAAAAGCGCAUUUGACCUGACUUCUGUGUGAACUGAGUGUCAGUAUUAAAGCAUGGGUUCUCUUGCUAUUCAGUGAUUCAAUGUCUUUUUAACAGAGAUUUUGCAUAUGUUCUCAUCCAGAAAUAUCUCAGUCAUUUCUCAGUAAAAUGUCUCAAUAAAAGGAUUUAAUUUAAA